AAGGUCGCAGUGCUCGACACAGGCUUGCAUUUCGAUGCCGACAUCGCCGAUCUCUACGACGAUCGAGCUGAGGCGUACUGUUUUCUCGAGAACGACGCAAUCCCAUCACAGGUGGGUGCUGACAGUCCAGCCCCACUACGGUUCGAUGGCGAUGAGGACGGGCACGGCACGCACAUGUGCAGCAUAGUCCUGGAUGUCGGCACUAAUUGCAAAGUCUACUCUGGGCGCAUCGCACGGACGCGAGAGGACAUACGUGGUAAGAAAUCAAGGCAAGAGAUAGCUGCAAGAAUCGCUCGAGCAAUAAAACACGCCGUCGAUAUAUGGAAAGUCGACAUCAUCUCCAUGUCCUUUGGAUUUGUAAUCAAAUCCAAGGCUGUCUCUGAAGCCAUCAAAUAUGCUCAUGACCACCAGGUACUACUAUUUGCCGCGGCUGGUAAUAACGGCAGUACCGAAAAAGUACGAUAUCCGGCACGGGAUCCCAACGUCCUCUGCAUCCACGCGGCGACCGGUUUCGGCAAUAUGUACAAUGGAAAUCCAACAAAGAAAGAUAACACCUCCAAUUUCGCGCUGCUCGGAGUGGCGCUGGAAGGGUUCACUCCACAGAUGCCGGCAAAGGUCCGACGGUCAGGCACCUCUCAAGCGACCGCCGUGGCCGCAGGUGUGGCUGCACUGAUCAUCCAGAUCAUGCGCGAUUCCAAGGGCGAAGUGCGUAGAAUGGGCUGGACCGCGCAAAGAUAUGAGAGUGCGCUAUCACAGCUCAAAGAGCUUGAGGGAAUGCGUAGGGUCUUCGAGAAGAUGUCGACUCAGAGGAAUGAAUAUGAGGUCGUCACGCCUUGGUCCUUGCUGGACGGGAUGGGAGCUGUCGAGCGGAGCAUGCUGUCGGGACAUAUCUGUCACACGAUCAUGACGCUUAUGGAAGAUUACGACGACGACGAAUGA